AGGCUCGGAGGGGCCCUGGCGGCCCGUGCCGGCCCCGCCCCGCCCCCGCCCUUUGUUUACGGCCGGUGCGGCGGGGGCGGCGCCGGCGGGGGGAGGCGCGGGCGGGAGCCGCGCUCGCCCCAGCUGUUUCCCGCCUUGAGCCGCAGCCCGAGGCCGCCGCGCUCGCCGCCCCGCGCCGCCCGGGGCCCCCCCGGCAUGGAGUAUUUCAUGGUGCCCGCCCAGAAGGUGCCCUCGCUGCAGCACUUCAGGAAAUCCGAGAAGGAGGUCAUCGGCGGGCUCUGCAGCUUGGCCAACAUCCCGUUGACUCCAGAGACCCAGCGGGACCAGGAGCGGCGGAUACGCAGGGAAAUUGCCAACAGCAACGAGAGGCGGCGGAUGCAGAGCAUCAAUGCUGGCUUCCAGUCUCUGAAAACCCUCAUCCCACACACGGACGGGGAGAAGCUCAGCAAGGCAGCCAUCCUUCAGCAGACGGCCGAGUACAUCUUCUCCCUGGAGCAGGAGAAGACUCGGCUACUGCAGCAGAACACCCAGCUCAAGCGGUUCAUCCAGGAGUUCAGCGGUUCCUCCCCAAAACGGCGACGAGCAGAAGACAAAGAUGAGGGGAUUGGCUCACCAGAUAUCUGGGAGGACGAGAAGGCUGAGGAUCUGCGGCGGGAGAUGAUCGAGCUCCGGCAGCAGCUGGACAAGGAGCGCUCGGUCCGCAUGAUGCUGGAGGAGCAGGUUCGCUCUUUGGAGGCCCACAUGUACCCUGAGAAGCUGAAGGUGAUCGCUCAGCAAGUGCAGCUCCAGCAGCAGCAGGAGCAGGUGAGGCUGCUACACCAGGAGAAGCUAGAGCGCGAGCAGCAGAUCCGAACCCAGCUCCUGCCAUCACAUGCUCCCCCAGCGCCCACCCACCACCCCACCGUGAUCGUUCCAGCACCACCUCCCUCCCAUCACGUCACUGUGGUCACGAUGGGCCCAUCUUCGGUCAUCAACACGGUCUCCACAUCCCGGCAAAACCUGGACACCAUCGUUCAGGCGAUCCAGCACAUCGAGGGGACGCAGGAGAAGCAGCUGCAGGAAGAGGAGCAGAGACGCGCUGUCAUCGUGACGCCGGCGCGUGCCUGCCCCGAGCCCUCUGCCUCUGACACUGCCUCUGACACUGAGGGCAACGACAGUGACUCCAUGGACCAGAGCAAAGAAGAGCCCUCGGGGGAUGGGGAGCUGCCCUGACACCCCCCGCCCGCAGACGGGGAGGGGAGCCGGGGCAGGGGGGGAACGUCAGAGAAUAUGCUGAAAUUUUUACAAAAUACAACGCGAUUUGGGUCUCUUUUAUGACCUUUUUCCAAUACUGUAAAGCAGAGCGCUAGAGGCAGGCAAAGGUCACCCUGCAGCUCCUGGGGGGGCGGGGGGCGGGUGCUCGAGGAGGGCCACAGUGGGGAAACAGGGGGCUUGGGACACAGUAGGGGGGUAGGGAUAGGGUGGUCACAGCCCCCAACCCCUUUUUAGCAGCCCCCCCACCUGCCAACCCACUGGGAAUGCUGCCAAGCCAAUGGCAGCCUUGGCCUUCUCUUGGGAUAGGGCCUUCAGUUGGGAUCUUAAUUUUUCACACCCCCCCCCUCCUCUUUUGUGUUUUGUUUUGAAUUAAAUGUUAGUUUCUAAGCAGCGGGGAGAUGCCAAAGUGACACGGCAGCAAAUGCGGGAUGGGCAUCCCUGGCUUUGGGGUACAAACAGCCCCACCUCAGCUCCUGCACCCCACGUGGGGCAGGGAAAACCCUUUUGGAGAGUAAAAUCAUCCUGGGAUUAUGCCAUCAGACAACUGGCAGGAGGGCUGGCACGUGCCACCCCCGGAGUUUCCACCGCCCACCUCCUCGGCAUGGGAAUGAUGGUUUGGGGGCUGAUUUUUACACCCCAAUCCCUAUCCCCCCAUCCCGCUCCCAUCCCUCCUUUAAGCACUUAAACCGGUUUGCGGGGUCCGUCAGCUCGGAAGAGCUUUUCUACUUUGUGAUUGUGUCGCUUGGAUCUGUUGUGGUGGGCAAGGGGGUCCCUGCUUUGUGUGUCCCCCCCUCGCCCCUGCCGCCCCCCGCCCGGCUGUAGGGUUUUAGGCCAGUCGUGUGUAGAGCCUCAGUGGUAUUUGGUAGGUUCCCCCCCCGCCGCAGCUCUUUCUCGGUUCCUUUCCCCCUUUUUUUUUUUGUUUU